AUGAAGUCUUUCCUCGCCCCUCUAGCCUAUGCCACAGUAGCGCUGGCGGCAAGCCGCACAUCUGCGCCCAAUGGAUGCUUAACUGUCACAAAGUCGCCUAGCAGCGGCCAGUACGGCACGGUCCAGCAGGCCGUCGACGCCCUUUCUACCUCGGCCUCUGGCACGCAAUGCAUUUUCAUCGACCAAGGGACCUAUAACGAACAAGUCCUGGUCCCCGCGCGGACCGCCCAGCUGACCAUCUACGGCUAUACGGCGGAGACAAGCAGCUACGCCGGCAACAAGGUGACCAUCACCGCCAGCAAGAGCCAGGCCGACGGCCUCAACAACGAUCGAACCGCGACUCUCCGCGUCAAGGCCAACAACUUCAAGCUCUACAACGUAAACGUCGCCAACGCUUACGGCCAGGGCAGCCAAGCCGUGGCCCUAAGUGCGUACGCCGACAGCGGAUACUACGGCUGUCAGUUCGCUGGGUUUCAGGACACCGUCCUCAGCCAGUCGGGCGACCAGCUGUACUCGAAAUGCCUAAUUCAAGGCGCUACCGACUUUAUUUUCGGCCAACAGGCUAUGAGCUGGUUCGAGCAGUGCGACCUCCGCCUCGUUUCCGCCCCCGUUGGCUACAUCACCGCCAACGGUCGCCAGAGUGCAUCCGACAGCUCCUACUACGUUUUCAACAGCUGCACCAUCGCUGCCGCCGCUGGUAACACCGUUCCCGCCGGAGCCUACUUCCUCGGGCGCCCUUGGAGGCAGUUUGCUCAGGUCGUGUUCCAGAAGACGACAAUGUCGAACGCCAUCAACUCCGCCGGCUGGAUGACGUGGAACGCCGGCGACGACCGCACCAGCAACGUUCUCUUUGGCGAAUACCAGAACACCGGUACUGGGUCGCAGGGCACUCGCGCCAGCUUCUCCAAGAAGCUCGGCUCGGCUGUUUCCAUUUCGAGCAUCCUGGGGGGCAGCUACACCAAGGCGGGAUACUAUGAUGCUGCCUACAUGUAG